GCCUCAUAUGCUUUGGAUGAACGCAAGAUCGCCAUAAAAUGUGCUACCAUGAAAUUUUCAGUGAUGUUAGCCACGAAAUACGCUCUAGGGUUUUAAGCAUCAAUAUAGGAUAAUAUUUAAAAUAAAAUUACUCUAUCGAUCAUUAUUUUCUUAAUAUAAAUGACAAGUAAUUAUGAACAAUAUUUUAAAGCAAAUAACAAUUUUAAAAAGCUCAUUCUAGUACUGUUUUUGGAUAUUGGUCCUUUCUCUAAACCCUCGCCGCCGUCAGCAUUACCUUCACUCGCACUUGUGCUGUAAUUCUUGUUUCAUCUCCAUUUUUAACUUCAACGCAUUAGUUUUCGUUGACAAUUGAGUUCGUUUUGUCUGAAUUGUAAGAGAAUUGCAGAAGAAGAUGUUGGACAUUAAUCUUUUCAGAGAAGAGAAGGGACACAAUCCCGAAAUCAUCCGUGAAUUGCAACGGCGCCGUUUUACCGACGUCAGUCUCGUCGAUCAGGUCAUUCAGCUUGAUAGAGAAUGGCGUCAGUGCCAGUUUGAGGUUGAAAAGUUGCAGAGAGUUAUCAACACGAUCACCAAGGAAUUUAAAGAGCUCAAAGUAAAAUCUAAGGAUGCAAGUCAAACAAUUGAAGAAAAAGCAGAGAACGAGGAACGUCUCAAAAAAAAGAAGGCAGUGCAUGAGGAACUAAAAGCAAAGAAAAAUGUAGAAGUACAGGAGGUUCGAGCUGCUUUGUAUUCAAAGCUGGAAAUCAUUGGUAACCUUGUGCACGAUUCAGUGCCAGUUAGUGAUGAUGAGGCAAAUAAUGCUAUAGUUCGAUCAUGGGGAGAGAGGCGAACUGAGAAGGGUCUUAAAAAUCAUGUUGAAGCUCUUGGAAUUGCAGACUUAACAAAGGGUAAGGGCUAUAUUGAGUUUAUGGUCUUAGACUUCUUGCAUUUAUUAAGUGCAAUUUUUUUAUGGACUGUGCUUUCUGCAUGUUAUUUUGGAUGCCUGAAAUUUCCCUGGACUAGUUUGAAAUUAUUGGUGGCAAGACGUGCUUCACUUAUCUUAUAUUUUGAUAGGUCACUGGUGAAGGGAGAUGACAAAUAUCUGAUUGCCACUGCCGAACAACCUUUGUGUGCUUAUCAUUUGGAUGACUGGAUUCAUCCUUCACAGCUUCCGAUAAGGUAUGCUGGAUAUUCGUCAUGCUUCCGUAAGGAAGCUGGUUCGCAUGGCCACGAUACACUUGGAAUGUUUAGGGUCCACCAGUUUGAGAAAGCGGAGCAGUUUUGUUUGACGAGUCCAAGAGGCGAUGACUCUUGGGACAUGCAUGAAGAGAUGCUUAAAAACUCAGAGGAAUUCUUUCAGCAGCUUAAGAUUCCUUACCAAGUAGUGGCUAUUGUUUCUGGUGCACUAAAUGAUGCAGCAGCAAAGAAGUAUGAUCUGGAAGGGUGGUACCCUGCAUCAUUGACUUAUAGAGAGCCUGUGUCCUGCUCAAACUGCACAGACUAUCAGUCGAGGAAAUUGGAAAUUCGGUUUGGACAAAAGAAGGGUAAUAAGGACACGAAGCAAUACGUGCAUUUAUUGAACUCCACCCUUACAGCGACAGAGAGGACUAUCUGUUGUAUACUUGAGAACUACCAGAGAGAGGAUGGAGUUGAGAUUCCUGAAGUUCUAAGGCCAUACAUGGGUGGGAAGACAUUCAUGCCUUUCCAGGCCCCUCCAGCAAAAGAAGCUAAAGGAAACAAGGCAAAGGCAUGAUAAUCUUUCCAAUCUUGUACACUUAAAAUUUCCAUUGUGAAAAGAACUGAAGCAUGUAUUCUCUUGAUUAUAAGAAGCCUGAGGAGGAAGGGAAACAAGACAGGGAAGCUAAUUUUGAAUUCUGGAAGUGUAACAAACGAAUUAGAAAAACAGUUUAUUUUAGUGGGGUCAUUGACAUAGAAAAGCAGAUUGCUGUCUCCCACUUGAUGUCAAGUUGAUAAAUUUCUUUUGAAAACCUGCCAGAUGUUAAUCUCAUGAUUAUUUGAAACUUUUU